AUGGCAGGGAGUACCGUGACCAGAUGGGUAAUCUCAGAGGAUGGAAGUCACCUGAUUCGCAGAGAGGAUCUGGAGGCGUCGUUUCCGAAAGGUGCAGAACAGGGAUCUCACAGGCUACGAGUGAAAGCGGAGAGCUCUGACCGACCUGUCACUUCUUGUUUAUCAAUAUCGUCCCUGUCUACCAAUAAACGAAAUGCAGUGCCUGCUCAGCUGCCCGUGUCAUAUCCCUGUGCUUACUGUGACAUCUGCUUCACUGCCUCUCACUACCUGGAGAAACACAUUAAGCGUUCACACAGGAAGCAGUACCUGGAGAUGCUGCGAUGUCGAGAUGCCACUUUGAACAAUGCUUCCUUCUCCCCUUCUGCCCCCUCGGGCUCCUCCUCCUCCUCACACACAUCCCCCCUGUCCUCUCUCACCAGCGUACCUGCUCCUGCAAGGGGCAAAUCCACUGCCGCCGGUCAGUCACAGGUGGCUCGAGCCUCUGACAGCACUGGAAGUCCCACAGUCAGCAUUAUCAGUCACAAAACUGCUGUGAGGGUCUCCAACCAUACUACUGUACCCCCAGCCUCUAAUUCCAUGAAGGCUUCUGCUUCAGUUCCAUCUCCCUGCUCAGCCCAGAUAACGGUGCCCAUUCCAAAGGAAGCUCCAAAUCAAGGUGCUGCUCAGGCUCUCUCCUCUGCUUCAGAAUCUAAACGAAGCACUCUUUUUCUCUGCAACGAGUGUGGGCAGAGCUUUCCCUCCUUCCUCUCCCUCAGCUCCCACCAGGACCAAACCCACUGGGGUAAGGGUAAGGGUAGAGGGGAGGAGGAGGAGGGAGAGACUCUGUACCUGUGUGCUGAGUGUGGCCUCAGCUUCCCCCGACUGGACCUGCUGCGCGAUCACCAGUCCCUUCAUGACUCCCCGGGGGCGAGGGACGGAGGUGAGGGAACGGAAGAGGAUGAAAAAGGAGAUGGUGACUCCUCCCCGCCUUCGGCCUCACAGGCACACUCCUGCCCAAACUGCCAGAAAAUCUUCAAAACCGCCCGCUAUCUGAAAACCCACAUGAAGAUCCACAGUGGCCAGGUGCCCUACCACUGUGACCAGUGUGACAAGCCUUUUACACAGCUGGGUGACCUGAAGACGCACCGCCGUACCCACACGGGCGAGCGGCCCUACCAGUGCUCCCAGUGCGGGAAGUGCUUUGGCCGCUCUGGGACUCUGAAGAAGCACUGGCGCACCCACACGGGGGAGACGCCCUAUGUGUGCGCGGUGUGCGGUAAGCAGUUCAACCAGCUGGGGGCGCUCAAGACUCAUGAGAGGAUUCACACUGGGCUGCGGCCUUAUUUCUGCUCCCGCUGCUCACAGCAUUUCACCUACUCCUACCAGCUCAAGAGGCAUCGCUGUGUGCAUCCUGACAAGAACUGAGUAAUUGCACUCAAAGGACCGAUGGUGACAGUUAAGGGGGUGGAUCUCCUCCCGGCACUUCACUGGCUCAUGUCGGCUCAUAAUGCACUGAGUCACAUGGUAGAGUGUUACCCACAAUGCUGCUGAGAGACUGAGAGCUACGCUGAGUGAGCGUGCAGGAUGAGGACAGGUCUGGGGUAUGAACUUCACAGAACAUGAGGGUGCUCCUGAUGUACUUCUGGGAUACUGAAGUUUAACAGAGAGAGGGACUGCACCUUCCCCCACUGUGAAUAAUACUCCUUUUGGUACCACCAGCACAGUCCUCAUAGUUGUACUACUGCAAGGCUAGCCCAGAAAGGAGAGAUGGAGACUGUAGAGCAGUACUGGGAUAGACAGAUGUGCAAUCCUCCAGCAACUAGCAGUCUUAGGACCGGAGAGAAACUGACCUGAAACUCACCCCUCUCAUUAUGACCAACCUCUAAUGGACAGUUGAAAUGUUGCCAGUUAUUUGUAACCAAGCAUUCCUCCUUAUCUGUCAUAUUCUGUUUAGGCCUUAAUGUUUGGUCUGUAAAGAUUGUCUUUCUCCUUCCGCUGUUGUGUUGGAAACCUGUAUAUUACAGUACCACCAAAUGCUGUGCCUGGGUGUAAUGCAAUGAAGCUGCUCCUCUCUUGUACACUUGUACUAUAGUUCAGACACUUAACAGACCUACUGUGCUGUGGAAUGUUGCUGUAGGGGGUUCUGAAUUAAAUGAAUCUAAUAAUUUAAGAUAAAAUGGAAAAAAAGGAAUUCUUGGUCUCCAAACCUCAGAGAUAGAUCUUCAAAAUACCUCAUUCAAGGGCCCUUCAGAUUCAGCAGGUUUUGUUUCAGCUGUACUUGCCUUCUUUCAGAACUGUAAUUGACACUGUGUGUUUCUUAAUUAAACCACAGAGAUGUGUUGGUGCGUCCUGUGUAAUGUAAUUAUUGGUUCCUUCAGCUGGUGCCCUCCUGAGCCCUGCAGCCAUAGCAACAAAGGGGUCAGGUCUUUCCUCCAUUUAGAGCGGCCUCUUUGUGGCCUGGC